UUGGGACCUGGCACUGCCGUCCGGGCCGCGGUCCCAGGUCCCGGCCCGGCGCCAUGGAGCGGCGCUGGUCCCUGGGGCUCGGGCUGCCGCCGGCGCUGCUGCUGCUGCUGCUCUGCGCGCCGCUGCCCCCGGGGGCGCGCGCCAAGGAAGUCACUCUGAUGGACACAAGCAAGGCACAGGGAGAACUGGGCUGGCUGCUGGAUCCCCCAGAGGACGGGUGGAGUGAGGUGCAGCAGAUGUUGAACGGGACACCCCUGUACAUGUACCAGGACUGUCCAGUGCAGGAAGGCGGGGACACUGACCACUGGCUUCGCUCCAAUUGGAUCUACCGAGGAGAGGAGGCUUCGCGGGUCCAUGUGGAGCUGCAGUUCACCGUGCGGGACUGCAAGAGCUUCCCCAGGGGUGCUGCCCCUCUGGGCUGCAAGGAGACCUUCAACCUCCUGUUCAUGGAGAGUGACCAGGACGUGGGCAUCCAACUCCGACGGGCCAUGUUCCGAAAGGUAACCACAGUGGCUGCAGAUCAGAGUUUCACCAUCCGUGACCUUGCAUCUGGCUCCAUGAAGCUGAAUGUGGAGCGCUGCUCCCUGGGCCACCUGACUCAGCGUGGCCUCUAUCUUGCCUUCCACAACCCAGGAGCCUGUGUGGCCCUGGUGUCUGUACGUGUGUUCUACCAGCGCUGUCCUGAGGCUGUGUACAACUUAGCCCAAUUCCCUGACACUCUCCCAGGACCUGUCGGCUUGGUGGAAGUGUCAGGGACCUGCUUGCCCCAUGCGCAGGCCAGCCCCGGGCCCUUGGGCGCACCCCGUAUGCACUGCAGCCCGGAUGGUGAGUGGUUGGUACCUGUCGGUCGGUGCCACUGCGAGCCUGGAUACGUGGAAGGCGGUGGAGGCACCACAUGCACUGCCUGUCCUAGUGACUCCUACCGGGUGGACAUGAGCACACCCUAUUGUCUCCAGUGUCCCCAGCAUAGCACAGCCGCCUCUGAGGGAGCCACCAUCUGCACCUGUGACAGUGGCCAUUACAGAGCCCCUGGGGAGGGCCCCCAGGAGGCGUGCACACGUCCACCCUCAGCACCCCAAAACCUGAGCUUCUCUGCAUCGGGGAGCCAGCUCUCCCUGCGAUGGGAACCCCCUGAGGAUACAGGGGGACGCCAAGAUGUCAGAUACAGCGUACGGUGCUCUCAAUGUCAGGGCUCAGUGCAGGAUGAGGGGCCCUGCCAGCCCUGUGGGGCCAGCGUACGCUUCUCCCCAGGGAGCAGGGAGCUCGCUGUGCUUGGCGUGCAUGUCGAAGGUCUUGAACCCUACGCUAACUACACCUUUAGCGUUGAAGCCCAGAACGGAGUGUCAGGGCUGGGGAGCUCGGGUCAUGCCAGCAGCUCUCUGAGCAUCAGCAUGGGACAUGCAGAGUCGCUUUCAGGCCUGUCUUUGAGGCUGGUGAAGAAAGAACCCCGGCAGCUGGAGCUGACCUGGGCGGGAUCCCGGCCUCGUCAUCCCGGAGGAAACCUGACCUACGAGCUGCAUGUGCUGAACCAGGAUGAAGAACGGCACCAGAUGGUUCUGGAACCCAGGGUCCUGCUGACAGAACUGCAGCCGGACACCACAUACAUCGUCAGGGUCCGGAUGCUGACCCCGCUGGGCCCCGGCCCUUUCUCACCUGACCAUGAGUUUCGGACCAGCCCUCCAGUUUCCAGGGGCCUGACUGGAGGAGAGAUUGUAGCCAUUAUCUUUGGGCUGCUGCUUGGUGUGGCUCUGUUGCUUGGAAUUCUCGCAUUCCGUUCAAGGAGGGCUCAGCGGCAGCGGCAACAGCGACAGCGUGACCGUGUCACGGAUGUGGAUCGAGAGGACAAGCUGUGGCUGAAGCCCUAUGUGGACCUGCAGGCCUACGAGGAUCCUGCCCAAGGGGCCCUGGAUUUCACCCAGGAGCUGGACCCAUCCUGGCUGAUUGUGGAAACUGUCAUAGGGGAAGGAGAAUUUGCUGAAGUGUAUCGAGGGACCCUGCGGCUCCCCAGCCAGGACUGCAAGACAGUGGCCAUUAAGAUCCUGAAAGAAACCUCUCCUGAUGGCCACUGGUGGAACUUCUUUCGAGAGGCAACCAUCAUGGGCCAAUUCAACCACCCUCACGUUCUGCAUCUGGAAGGCGUUGUCACAAAGAGAAAACCCAUCAUGAUCAUCACGGAGUUUAUGGAGCAUGGAGCCCUGGAUGCCUUUCUGAGGGAGCGAGAGGGCCAGCUGGCUCCUGGGCCGCUGGUGAACAUGCUGCUGGGCAUAGCAUCCGGCAUGAAGUACCUCAGUGAGCACAAUUACGUCCACCGAGACCUGGCUGCCAGGAACAUCUUGGUGAGCCAGAACCUGUGUUGCAAGGUGUCUGACUUUGGCCUGUCCCGUCUCCUGGACAACUUUGAUGGCAUCUACGAAACCCAGGGAGGGAAGAUCCCUAUUCGUUGGACAGCUCCUGAAGCCAUUGCCCAUCGAAUCUUCACCACAGCCAGUGACGUGUGGAGCUUUGGGAUUGUGAUGUGGGAGGUGCUGAGCUUCGGGGACAAGCCGUACGGGGAGAUGAGCAACCAGGAGGUGAUGAAGAGCAUCGAGGAUGGGUACCGACUGCCACCUCCCGUGGACUGCCCUGCUCUUCUGUAUGAACUCAUGAAAAACUGCUGGGCGUAUGACAGUGCACGUCGGCCCCACUUUCAUCAGCUGCAGGCACACCUGGAGCAACUACUUGCCAACCCUCACUCCCUUCGCACUAUUGCUAACUUUGAUCCCAGGAUGACUCUCCGUCUGCCCAGCCUGAGCGGAUCAGAUGGGAUCCCUUACAGGAGUGUGUCCGAGUGGCUCGAGUCCAUCCGCAUGAAACGCUACAUCCUGCACUUCCGCUCAGCCGGACUGGACACCAUGGAAUGUGUACUGGAGCUGACAGCUGAGGACCUGACACAGAUGGGAAUCACACUGCCGGGGCACCAGAAGCGCAUUCUUUGCAGUAUUCAGGGAUUCAAGGACUGAGAGCUACGGGGGGGGGGGGGGGGGGCACCUCAAGCCUUCCCCCA